AUGGCCUCUACUGAACCGCUUCCCUCUGCUCUCCCCAAUCCUACCAUCCACAUAACAACCCACAACUCCUCUGGCAAAGCAACACUCCACUCUUCAUCUCAGAACCAGUGGGAUUGGUUCCCUGAAAGGGCUGUUGGUUUCAACGUGGUAUAUACCACUUCGUCGUUUCCAGCCUCGCUGAACGACGAUGCCGACAUCGAAGCACACAAGGCGACCAUGUCCAGUCGUAAGCUCGGGCUCGUUAAGAAAGGCGGUACAGUCUGUCGGAUUGUUGAUUUUGGUCCGGGAGGCACUCCAUUGAUGCAUCGCACACAAAGCCUAGACUAUGGAGUGGUGUUGGAAGGCACUGUUGAGAUGGAGUUAGACGAUGGCAGCGUGACUGUUUUGAAGCGUGGAGACAUUGCCGUGCAGCGGGGUACAAAUCACGCGUGGAGAAAUCCCAGCAAGACAGAGUGGACGAGGAUGUUGUUUGUCUUGCAGGACUGCCAGCCAGUGCUUGCGGCCGGAGAACGACUUCACGAGGAACUGGGAGAAGGAGGCAAAGACAUUCCAAGGAGCGGCAAUGAUGAUUGA